AUGGCCUCAAGCGCACCGCAGUCCAGCCCCGAAGCUAAUCGUGUGCCCACCGGCAUCGAACCAGCCCCUGAGCUUAUCCGAUCAUGUGGCGGAAACAAAUCUGCGUCUGCUUGUAUAGGGCCUCCUCCAACAGUUCCCAAGAAGAACCCAUCGCUGGUGAAUCUGGCAUUCAUCAAGAACUUAAGUGACCCGGUGAAGAAGAUACCUAGUGAUGGACAACAGCCGAAGCGCCGUGGUCCGAAACCGGACAGCAAGCCUGCGCAAACAAGAAGACAGGAGCUGAACAGACAGGCACAAAGGACACACCGUGAGCGUAAGGAACAGUAUAUCAGAGCUCUAGAGGUCGAAAUAACGCGCCUUAGAGAAGGCUACGCCAAUGAUAUGGAAAGCGCAAACAUGUCCAUCAUGCAGCAGAAACAAACCCUAGAGGAAGUGAAAGAAGAGAAUCGAAUUCUGAAGGAGAUUCUUGCAUCCCACGGCAUCAACUUCGAGGCUGAAUUGGAAAGACGCAGCGCUCCCGUCCAGAGUACCCCCCAGGAAAGUAGCUAUGGGGGCAGCAUCUCAGCUUCGCACUCUCAAACAGCUCCUGAUAUGGCCAGUAUGAACUAUUUGGGUACUCCAGACACAUCCAUCUCUGGUCGAAGCCCUGGCACAACCAUAUCAGAAAUGGCACAGCAACCGACUGCCGGGUCCAAUAAUCCAUACUUUGAAUCAGCAACGCCUCUGCCAGGGACGGGCUAUAAUACAUCCUCUAAUAGCAUUGGUGGCGGGACUGCCUUGGUCAGUAGCACCCCUGGUGUGUUCGAUGUUGAUCCGCAGCUUGGGAUAGAUUUUGUCCUUCAUCUUGAAAAGCCAUGUAACUGGCACAUGGAAUUCCUUUGCCGCAGAGCACACGACGAUGAGAACCAAGAGGCGGUCUCCGGUCACACCCUGAUGGCAACAUGCCCAACCUCAUCAGUGAUAGCGAACACUGAGCGAGGCCAGACUUAUGUGACUAAAACUUACGACCUCCCGCCUGCAAACUUGAAUACACUGCUCAACCUCAGCAGGCAGCUAGUAACCGACGAUGAGAUCACUCCAAUAAUGGCACUACAGCUUCUUCGAAACCAUGAGGCAUACCCUUACCUGACCAGAGAAGACGUUGCACAUAUGAUGAGUGACCUAGCGGCAAAAGUCCGCUGCUACGGUUUCGGUGCCGUCCUUGAAAACUUCGAAGUAAUGGACUCACUUAAUAGUGUCUUGACCAGCAAGAUGGACUAUGCGAUUGCCAGCUAUGAUGGCAGCUCGUCGCUGAUUUCGCCCCCGAUCCAGAGCUCGGAGGUGUUGGAUAUGUAUUCAUGA